AAUAAUAGAAUAUAGGUGAAUUUCAAACCCAGUAUGGCUCAGAAGAGGAGCUCGAGUGGGCGGUCAUUCCCGUUGCUGCUGCUGAUUAUUGUUGUGGCCUUUGUUCAUUUAACUGUCUGUCCUUUUACAAAAGUGGAGGAAAGCUUUAACCUACAAGCUAUCCAUGAUGUGGUGUACCACCAACUGGACUUGGAUAAGUAUGACCAUCAUGAAUUUCCUGGAGUUGUCCCAAGAACGUUCCUUGGACCAAUUUUUAUUGCUGCUCUUUCCAGUCCAGCUAUAUACGUACUUUCUGUGCUAAGAAUGUCCAAGUUUUACUCCCAGCUGAUAGUCCGAGGAAGCUUGGGGCUCAGUGUGAUUUACACAUUAUGGAAGCUGCAGAAAGAAGUUAGAAAGCAGUUUGGAGCAACUACAUCAACAGUCUUCUGUCUCAUCACUGUUACUCAGUUUCAUUUGAUGUUUUACUGUACACGAACCCUCCCUAAUGUGUUUGCACUUCCUUUUGUGCUCCUGGCAUUGACGUUUUGGAUACAACAAAAGCAAAGGCCAUUCAUUUGGUUCUCAGCUUUGGCAAUUAUAGUCUUCAGAUCAGAGCUUUGCAUAUUCUUAGGCCUUAUGCUCCUGGUGACGUUAUUAACUAAAAGAAUCUCCAUUUUCAAGGUGCUUUCUCAUGCUGUUCCUGCUGGAAUUUUUUGGUUGGGACUAACAGUUGCUGUGGAUUCUCUGUUUUGGAGGCAACUUGUGUGGCCUGAGGGGAAAGUGCUCUGGUAUAACACAGUUUUGAACAAAAGUUCCAACUGGGGAACCUCCCCCUUCUUGUGGUAUUUCUAUUCAGCCCUGCCUCGUGGUUUGGGAUGCAGCAUUAUAUUUGUACCCUUAGGCGUAGCAGAAAAGAGAACUCGGAUAUUACUUUUGCCAGCACUGGGCUUUAUUUUCUUGUAUUCGUUUCUCCCACACAAAGAGCUGCGUUUUAUCAUAUAUACUUUCCCUGUCUUCAACAUAGUGGCUGCUAAAAUGUGCUCACGAAUUCUGAAUAACUACCGGAAAUCCUGGCUGUACAAACUUGGAUCUUUCUUUGCUAUAAUGCAUCUUCUAGUUAAUGCUGCUUAUUCAGGAACAUCUUUGUAUGUUUCACAUUUCAAUUAUCCUGGAGGAGUGGCAAUUCAGAAGUUGCAUGAGUUGGUACCUUCAACAGCAGAUGUCUCUGUUCAUAUUGAUGUGGCUGCAGCACAAACAGGAGUUUCUCGGUUUCUAGAAAUCAAUUCAGAUUGGAGGUAUGACAAAAGAGAAGAUGUUAAACCAGGAGAUCAGUUGAUGUUUUCUUACACACACAUUCUGAUGGAAACAAACCCUCUUCAAAUAUCACAUUACAAGACAACCCACAGGCCACUGGCAAACAUACCUGGCAUCAGUAAAAUUGGGUUGAACCUUACUGCACUACCUCCUUUUACUUUAAACUUGAAACCAAAAUUAGUACUGUUGGAAAAACUUCCUCUGUCAUCUUGACUGUGAAUUUUAAGUAAGUCUUUUGAUGUAAUUUUGCUGAUGACUGAAUAAUCUAAGACAGCAGCAAACUGUCAUUCCAGCACUGCAAUUCAGCUUCUGUGGAAAGGCAUGGAAAAUCUUUGUACCGAUUGGUAUUUAGCUCUGUCCUGUUUCUUCCAUAAAUAUUACAAUGCAUUCCUAGUCAGUAUAUACUUGAAUACUGAGUUGUAUUGUUAGAUAUGUUUGAGAGGCUACCUACAAGUUUAGUGGUAUUAGGUAAAACCUGUCUACUUGGUUUGGGUAGCUGUCUGUUUCAUAACGUAGCGCAGGUAUGUCCUAAUUGUCCUAUAUAAGAUACAUAAUGGAACAGGUUUGUUCUGCGGCAAUAAUUUGAUAUGUAAUCUGUGUGUGCAAAGAUGUAUUACUCAAUGUAUCUGCAGGAUUGUAACCCCCUCAGUUGUCAGAUUGCCUGUGUGAAACGUAAUGAUGUUAUCGACAUAGGAAAGCCAUAUUCAUUGUAGCUUCAUCACAAUACCUAAUUGUGCCCUGUAGCCUACCAAACUAAUUAAAGAUUUGCUUAAAAAGCAGUUGGACCUCUUGACAAGCACUGUCUCAUAACAGAUUUCAGUAUUAAAGGGUGGUUAUCUUUAUUCCAAGAGUUCAUGAAUAAACAACAAUUUGGAUUUCACAGGAAAAAAAAAUUUUAAAAUAAUGUUUCCUUCUUCUGCUGCAAUGAUAUUAUCUUAAUUUGCAGUGCAAAAAUUUACCUAUGAAAAUAUUCACUUGAAUACACUUUAAGAAGAUAGGUGCUGUUUUCCUUUUUUUAUUAAGUAGUCCCUUUGGAAAGGAAUAAUCUAAUGUGCCAUGUGUUGCAUUCUAUAAACUAGAAUAAGAUAGCAUGCUGUGUAAUCUCUUCUUUAUUAGAUAUUUUUGUAAAGGAUGCCUGCCUAGAUUGCUGAAUGGAAGAAGUUAAGGGGUAAACUAAGGAAAAAAAGUUGGAAUUUUGGUUAGGGCCAGUUGUAAUACGACAGGAGCUCCAUUAGUGUUAAAAAAAUCAGUAUUACUGAA